AUGUCAAAUAAUACAUAUUUUAUUGCAUUUUUGAGCAAUAUGACAGCUCAAUUCAAUCGUUCUUUGGCAGUUUUUAUAUUUUUUUUUGGUGUUAUUGGUAAUAUUCUUAAUAUAUUUGUUUUCUCUCAACGAUUUUAUCGUUCAAAUUCAUGUGCUUGGAUUUUUCUUGUUCUAUCCAUUGUUGAUCUUGUUUCUCUUGUAUCUGGUCUUAGUACACUAAUAAUUGCUGGUUGGACGACUAAUCCUAGUAGUCAUAUUGGAUCAAUUUGUAAAAUUCGUGCUUUUCUUGUAUUCUCAACGAGAACGAUGGCUACGUGGUUAAUGGUAUUAGCAACUAUUGAUCGAUGGUUUUUAUCAAGUACUAAUGCUCUUCGUCGUCAAAAGAGCUCAUUGAAAAACUCUCAGUUAUGGACAACCAUUAUUAUUAUUCUUUCAGCUAUUUGCUAUUCACAACAAUUAUAUUGUUAUGAAGCUAAUCUCGUUGAUACUCCUCUCCAAUGCUACGGGAAAACAGUUGUAUGUCGUUAUCUCACUGAUUUAUCUCUUGCUUUAGUUACAGUGUGCAUUCCUGUAAUUCUCAUGAUAUUAUUUAGUUUACUAAUUAUUUCAAACAUACGACAAUCUCAGCGUCGUGUGCAAAUAUUACAAUCAACUACUAUGAGAUCUAUUGCCAACAUACCAUCUCAUUCAAAUAACCGAAAUUCAUUGGGAAGGUUCAAGAAAACAGAACAUGGUAUUCUUCGAAUGCUUUUAUCUCAAGUUAUUCUUAGUAUCAUUUUUACUUCUCCCUUAUGUCUAGACAAAUUUUAUUCAUCAAUAUUGGAACAUAAUGGAUCUCCAGUUCAAUUGACGACUAAUGCAUUCGUGUACGAUUUAGCCAUUUUGAUUUAUGACAUAUCCAACGGCAUAACUUUCUAUAUUUAUAUAUUUUUUGGUGGUUGUAUUUUUCGAAAAACAUUGUAUGAAUUUCUUGUUUCAAUAAAACAGAAAUUUAUCGGCCAUUAG